AUUUUAUUCUUCUAUGUAACAGUUUUGAUGAUAACAUUCGUGAUAACAUGAUUUGUUACAAAUCGAUAUUGCAAUCGAAAAAAUUAGUCAAUGCUAUGUAAACUGAUGAAUUGAGUAGCUCCGUGGUGUAGUGGAUAAGCGCCGCGGCCUGCGAUCGUUGUUGUUAAGCAAGGUUUCGCAAGGGUCAUACACGGCAUAGGUUACCAGAAAAUUAUAAUCUUGAGCUACUCCGUGCUUCAGAAGGCACGUUAAUGCGUUGGUCACGGCUUUAUUUACAGUUAAUAUCCUCUAAUCUGCAUUGGGCCAGCGUGGAGUGUUCCGGCUCACCCUCCUUAAUCAUCCAUAAGGAAGGGCUGGGCCGUAAAAGGGCUGAUGACGAUAUAAACUGAUUUUUUAUUAACUGUACAAUGAUUUACAAAAAAGUUUGCCUUUGAAUAUAGCAAAGUUUUAGCAUAUGUGAGAAAUAUAGCAAUCCAAAAACACUGCUUUAAGGGAUGCCGUGUGUAAGUAUAUAUUUAUGUGUAUUAUUUUAAAUAGUACAAAUACGUAAUUAAAUGAAAACUAUAGAAAAUACUUGGUAUAGUAGCAGAACCUUUCAUUUUAUUUUGCUUAUUAGUUAUGUGAUUGGAAGUAGACUAUAUGUUUAGGUUAAAAUAAUUAUAUAGUACUUAUAAAUUUAUGGAGAUUAUUGUAUAACAGAUAUUUGCAUUUCUUUCAAAUAAGCAAUGUAUUUAACAAAAUAUAUACCUGUAACAAUGUAUGAGUCAACUCAUUGAACUACUCGAAUAAUUGAAAUAUGAUAUGAAAUCCAUUAAAGUUUUAAUGUUACAGUAAAUUACUAAUUAAACGUUUUAAUGUCUUGAUUCAAUUAUUAAUUCAUAUAAAAUUUACCAAUUAGUGUUACUUCUCACGUCCGAGUUUUUAGUAAACAUUAUUAUGCUGAAAGUGUUUCUUUUUUCAAUUCUUGUGUAUUCCUUUUUGCAAGCAGAUGGAAAACAUCUGCGCAAUAGACCAUCUACACCGGCUAGUAAGUUAACCGAUGAGACUACAAAAUAUCCCCAGUCUUAUAGAGAUUAUGUUUUCCGUGAUUUGAGCGAGAAAGGAAAAGAAAUUUUCUUCGCUAUUAAAAUACAUCCAUCAUGCCUCCAAAAAAACGGAGAGUGUAUUCCAAGAGGUAAAUGUAUCGAGAAAAAGUUUCUUUACAUAAGUAGAGUCUGUUAUAGAAGGGACUUGGUUUGUUGCUACGAUGAUACAAUAAGAGACAUAGUGGUUGGUACCGAUUCAUAUUCGAGUACUACGAGUACAAGUACUCGAAAUUCGUAAUAUAAUAAAACUUAAUCCACUCUAUUUUUUGUUUUUUUUUUUCUUAUAUAAGGUGUAAUAUUUACGACAAAAAACAGCUGUUUCAUACUGUCAACGAUUGUAGGUAUUAUAAUUUUGGUUGAAACAGCUGAUUAUUUGUUCGUGAAUUCAGUGUUGCUUCCAUAGUAAAAGUUGUUCAGUAUACUAAACUAAUUCACUCCACGAUUUCUUGGCAUAUAAUAAUAUUACAUAUUAUAUAUAAUAAUCAAGUUAUGCAAAGAAAACGAAACCCUUUAUUUAGUCUGAAAUAUUAAUUUUAUUUUUCAAAAAUGAGAUAUUCCAA